CCAUGUUAAUAUGUGCACUCAACUUGGUUCAUCUUCAUCUUCUUCUUCAUUUGGAUUCCAUACAAGAGCGAGAAGCAGCACUUUAUCUCUCUCUCUCUCUCUACCCACGAGUGAAUCCAUUUUCAGGUUGGAAGCAUGAGGAGAUCCAGAGUAGCCGAACUGUUUUGCUUACAGAUAGUGGUGAUUGUUGGUUUUGUUUUACUUCAAGCUCAAGGGUUUAACGUUGGGAUCACUUAUGUGCAAUCUGCACUUGCCAAAGGAGGAGUUUGUUUGGAUGGAAGCCCACCUGCCUAUCACAUUGACAAAGGAUUUGGAGCAGGAAUCAACAACUGGCUAGUCCAUUUUGAGGGAGGAGGAUGGUGCAACAAUGUUACAACAUGUCUAGCCCGUAAGAACACUCGUCUAGGUUCUUCCAAACAAAUGGCCACUCAGGUUGCUUUCUCCGGUAUCUUUAGUAACAAAGCAAAGUUUAAUCCAGAUUUCUAUAACUGGAACAGGAUCAAGGUCCGAUACUGCGACGGUUCUUCAUUCACUGGCGACGUUGAGGCUGUCGAUCCUGCCACAAAACUUUACUUUCGCGGGGGAAGAGUUUUUGUUGCAAUUAUUGAAGACUUAUUAGCAAAUGGAAUGAAGAAUGCCCAAAACGCUAUCUUGUCGGGGUGUUCAGCUGGGGGAUUGACUUCAAUCCUGCAUUGCGAUAAAUUCCGGACUAUUAUGCCUGCCUCCACCAAAAUCAAAUGCAUUGCAGAUGCUGGUUACUUCAUCAAUGCGAAGGACUUAUCUGGGGCGUCACACAUUCAAUCUUUCUAUGACGAUGUAGUCAGGACACACGCAUCAGAGAAGAAUUUGCCAUCGUCCUGCACUUCAAAAAUGAGUCCUGGUUUGUGUUUUUUCCCCCAAAACGUUGUUCCACAGAUACAAACACCGAUAUUCUUGGUGAAUGCGGCCUAUGAUUCGUGGCAGAUAAAGAACAUAUUAGCACCUGGUGUUGCUGAUCCCCAUGGAACAUGGCAUAACUGCAAGCUUGACAUAACAAAAUGUUCUUCCACUCAGCUUCAAACCAUGCAAGAUUACAGACUACAAUUCUUGAGUGCACUAAAUGGAGUGAGCAACUCAGCCAGAGGAUACUUCAUCAAUUCCUGUUACGCUCAUUGCCAGACUGAAACGCAAGAAACAUGGCUUCGGAGCGAUUCCCCUGUACUCUCAGGAACUACGAUAUCCAAAGCAGUAGGUGAUUGGUACAACGACAGGAGUAGUUUCGAGAAGAUCGAUUGCGCCUACCCUUGCGAUAAUACUUGUCACAACCGCGUUUUCGAUGGAAAUGACCACAACCUUUGAAUUCA